AUGCCGCCGGAUCGGUACAAUUCAAUAGCGGAGGGGUUUUUACGGGACACCGGUUUUUAUUAUGUUUCACAGAUUGGAGUUGUCCAAUGUCAGGCGGCAUUGGUUAAUGCUCUGAUUGAGAGAUGGCGCCCCGAGACUCACAGCUUCCAUUUUCCGGUUGGUGAGUGUGCUGUGACACUGGAGGAUGUGGCGUUAAUUUAUGGUCUUCCGACGAAUGGUUUGCCAGUUACGGGACCGACACUGAGUAGUUAUGAGGCGUUAGAGGCUGAAUGCUUGGAUCAGUUUGGUGUUGCACCUAGGCAGGCAGACUGUAGGGGAAGUUUCAUCAAGUUGACGUGGUUUCGAGCAUUGAAGGAUCGGUUAGUGUUGGUUGAUGAUAUCCAGAUUCAGAGGUACGUGAAGUGCCACAUAAUGUUAUUGUUUGGAACCGUUCUGUUUGGAGAUAAGUCUGGAGCAGGGGUGCACUGGAAGUUUCUCCCAUUACUCCGUAACUUUGCCGGGAUAAUACAGUACAGUUGGGGUUCGGCAUGCCUGGCACACCUGUACAGAGCUUUGUGUAGGGCAACUCGUGUCGACUGUAAGGAGAUUGAUGGUCCGUUGACACUCUUGCUUGCCUGGGCAAACAGUCCGGUCCGGUCGAACCAACCAACCCUGUCCCAGUGUCUGCCCCGGUAG